UGCUUCAUCACCAUCGUCAUCAUCACCACCACCACCAGCAGCGGCCGCCGUACCCACCGAACCACCCCUUCUUGAGCCCCAUUGUCGCUCCACAGUAUUACGAAGCAAUCAAUUAUCAGGCUCAGCCUUCUAGAGUUCUUUCGACUUUCCUUGCCUAGAAACGCAUGCUCGGAGCAACCUAGCAGUCCGCCACUACGAUUUGCUCCACCAUUGUCUCAAAAAAUAUCCGAUUCACUACUACCUUGCUAUUUGAUAGCUAACACUCCCACCUCUGUCCGCUUACCUGGCUUCCAUAUCACCAUCAACAUUAGCAGAACGUUCCAUCUCGUCGACCUGUUCUCGAGAUGACGUCCCAGGACUAUAGCGACUGGCAAGGCCCGCCUCCCCCCGGCCUGGUGACCUUUGGCGCCGACUCGCCCUGCACCUACGACACCUGCCCGAUCCAGUGGAGUAUCUACCGCUACCGUCCCGACCUGGGUGCCAACAUCUUCUUCGCCGCGGCCUUUGCCGUCGUCGGCCUCGUCCAUGUCUACCUGGGCGUCCGCUGGAAGAGCUGGGGCUUCAUGGCGGGUAUGCUCCUCGGCUGCGCCAGCUCCAUCAUUGGCUAUGUCGGCCGCAUCCUGCUGUGGGACAACCCCUUCUCCUUUAACGCCUUUAUGAUCCAGAUCGUCUGCCUCACCAUCGCGCCCGUCUUCUUCACGGCAUCCAUCUACGUCACCCUCUCCAAGACCAUCAUCUUCUUCGCCCCCGAGCUGUCUCGCUUCAAGCCCCAGCUCUUCUACUGGAUCUUCAUCCCAGCCGACAUUGUCUGCCUCGUCCUCCAGGCGGCCGGCGGCGCCCUGUCCGUGCAGACCGAAGGGGGCGACACGGGCGUCGACAUCUCCAUGGCCGGCCUCAUCCUCCAGGUCAUUGUCAUCCUGAUCUUUGUCGCCGUCUUUGCCGACUACAUGAUCCGCUACUGGCGCACCGGGCGCAUGAGCGCCUUUGGCUGGCGGCUCAAGGCCUUCUUCGCCGGUCUGGCCGCCGCCAUUAUCCUCAUUCUGACCCGCUGCGCCUACCGUGUCGCCGAGCUCAAGGACGGGUACAGCGGCGACCUCAUCCGGCAUGAGAUCCCCUUUAUCAUCCUCGAGGGCGUCAUGAUCGUGCUGGCGUCCAUGGCCCUCAUGUGGGGGCACCCUGGUCUGGCCAUCAAGAACCGCGCUGGUAGGCCUGUGAGCAAGUACACGGACUGCAACAGCGUCGAGAGCAGGCAGGAAAUUCCAAUGCAGAACGUCUAAGGGGGCAUUUUGGGUGCGGCAAUCAGAUGGCAAAGCGCACGCUUGCUUGCUGAUUGUUCAGGAUUGAUUUCGAGCUGGCGUUCUACAGUUGCUUUCCUUUCCUUUGUCUUGGGAGCAUUUGGUAGAUACCUUGGGAUAUAGAAUACGGAUAUAGACGGCUGAUAUAGACAGCUGAUAUAGAACAGUCCGUGUAGAGGGUCGAUACAUACACUGGCCGACAUGAAUAAAGUGUCUCUUGAAGAUCUGUU